AUGAAUCUAUAUACUGCUGCCGGUGGUUUGUUUGAUACCCAUGUCACUUGGGAGGACAUAGAAGAGGAUAUGCAGAGGGAGCUAGAUACAGUAGCCUCAUUUGGGCCCAAUAAAACAGCUAAAAAUAUUGGAGAGGGUAAUGGUUUUAUGUCUAUAAUUGUCCUCAUUGAUGCUGAUUGGCAACAUGUGGACAGAGAUUUACCAGAUAAAUUCAUCGUCAAGAUCCCUACUACACUAGCUAUACAACGUUUUGCUGCGGAAGCUGAAAAAGAGAAGAACCUCAAUAGCAGUUUCAUCACUCACGAGUUUUUGACUGGCAUCGAACAACAGCAGAAGAAGGUUCACAACAGCGAAGUUACAGUUUACAAUCACAUAAUGCAGCUUCCUGAAGGAAAGUUGCCGCACGUAAAGAUAUUCUACAUGAGAAAGUUUUCGGAACACAAUCCAGUGAAAGGCUACAUAAUCAUGGAGUACAUGGAUAACAUUAAACCGAUUCACAUUUAUGAAAAUGUCAGAACGGAAGAUAUCGAGGAGAUUCUACGCGCCAAGGCUGUAAUGGAAGCUAUGUCAUUGAAGUUUACAGAAGAGGAAAGGAAAUCGUUAACCAUAAACACAUUUAGCGAGUUUUUCUCGCAAUUUAUAAAGAAAGAUACACUUGCACCCAUGGUAGAAGCGUUUCGACGACUGGACACUAGAUUAGCGGACAAAAUAGCAGGACUGGAAGAGAUUUUUCCAGACAACACAGAUCUUGAAUGGGCAGAUCAAUUGGCGGAUGAGUUAGGGAUGCAACGUGUUUUGUGUCACGGAGACAUGUGGUCUGUGAAUAUUCUGUGGAGGCAGAAAGGAGACUUUGUGACUCCAGCGGCACUGAUCGAUUUUCAGACCGCCCAUAUGGGCUGCCCUGCUUAUGACUUCACACGACUGUUUUCGUCAUGUUUGAGUGGAAAAGAUCGCCGCGAACAUUGGGAAGAACUUCUAGAAGAGUUCUACGGAUACUUGAAAGAGGAAAUUGAUGGCAUGGAAAUCCCAUACACUCUCGAACAACUUAAAGAAGCAUACUGUCGAAUCAUACCGAUAUGUGGUAUCAUGAUUGUUCCUGUUAUUGUGCCUCUGUUCGACAUAUUGUGCAACGAUCCCGACGAAGAACAGAAGAAGAAGAGUCUGGAUAUUGCGAUGGAGAAAACUGAAUGCCUGUUAGAUGACAUGUUUUAUUACCAUGAACGAAAUAUGAAGAGGAGAAGAGGAGAACAAACUGCAUGA